AAAAUUGGUGUCCGAGUGAGGAGAAAAGGACGUUCCCAUCCUCCAAAGUCUUUAAGGUCCCCGCCGCGCCGACUAGGCGACUAUACGUCCUUGGUCUUUCUAUUAUUUGCAAGAGGACUCUCUCUCUCUCUCUUCUUGUUGCUGUUGGGGUCUCGGAGCGUCUUCGCGCCCUUGUACCUGCAAGUCCACUCAUCUAGCCGUUUCAGGGUUUGUGAGGGCCUCCAAUUUUCAUUUUUUAAUUUGUGACAUCCUAUCUGCAAAGCUGGAUAGACACAGAGAAAGAGAACGAGAACGAUCUGGUAGUAAUCCAGAUUCUUACCCCAACCGACAUUCGAGAAUGCCUUCUCGGUCGUCUGAGAGCCCCAUGAACCAUCACAACCACCACCGUAACCCUAAUUACAGAAGCGGCUUCUCGGGCGGAGGGUAUCACUACCACAACCAGCAUCGUCCUUUCAACAGUCCACCCAAUAACCCGCCUGGAGGUGGCGGUGGUUAUGGCUCUGGUCAUCAGAUGCCUCUCUCAGGUCAGAAACGUGGUUUUCCCUCUUCCGGCCGAGGAGGGUCUCCAGAUAAUACUGAUAAUAGCACUUUUGCCAAACUUUUUGUUGGAUCUGUUCCAAGGACAGCAAGGGAGGAAGAUAUUCGUCCCUUGUUUGAGGAACAUGGAAAUGUUAUUGAGGUUGCUCUGAUCAAGGACAAGAGAACUGGCCAGCAGCAAGGAUGUUGUUUCAUAAAAUACGCAACUUGUGAAGAAGCUGACAGGGCUAUUAGAGCUUUGCAUAAUCAAUAUACUUUGCCUGGGGGAAUGGGUCCAAUCCAAGUUAGAUAUGCUGAUGGAGAACGGGAGCGUCUUGGUACAGUUGAGCACAAGCUGUUUGUUGGUUCCUUGAACAAGCAAGCUACAGAAAAGGAAGUUGAGGAAAUAUUUUCUCCUUAUGGUCGUGUUGAAGAUGUCUACAUUAUGCGUGAUGAAUUGAAGCAAAGCCGUGGUUGUGGGUUUGUUAAAUUUUCUCAUAGAGAUAUGGCAGUAUCCGCUAUAAAUUCUCUUAAUGGAAUCUAUUUGAUGAGAGGUUGUGAUCAGCCAUUAACUGUUCGAUUUGCUGAUCCUAAGAGGCCUCGUGUUGGAGAAGCAAGGGGUGGUCCUGCAUUUGGAGGUCCUGGUUUUGGCCCCCGAUCUCAAGCUCCAUUGGGGGUUAGGCCAGCACCCAAUUUUGGUGAACCAAUGAGUGGACAUGUUCCUCCUAAUGCUUGGCAUCCAAUGAGUCCUCGAAACUUGGGGCCAUCUUCCCAGUCAAGUCCUCGUGGUUUUGGGGGUAAUUUGGUUGCUAGACCUGGUGCUCCAACAAUGCCUUCAACAACAGGUGCCCCCCUGGGACUGCUUGGUGGCCCUGCAAAUGGUUCUCUUCCGGGGCUUUCGGUCUUACCUUCUUCAACUUCACAACAGAAUUUCAACCCAUCUGUGCCCCAAGUUCAAGCAGUUGGUCAGAAAAUAUCACCACUGCAGAAGCCUCUUCAGUCUCCGCAGCAUUUGCCACCUUCCCACCAACUACACCCUCAACAAAUUCCACCAACUUACUCACAGCCACAAACGUCCCAGAUAUCAGUCCAGCAACUUGGUCAGCUACAGAUUCCUCAAUCUUCUGGUCCAUCCUUCAGUCAACCACUGCCAUCACAACAGUUAUUUGGGUUGAGUUCUCAGCUGCCCAUAUCUCAGCCUCAAGGUCAACAGAGCACCUCCUCUGCUGCACCACAACAAACCCCUCUAAACUUACAACAGCAAGCUGUCUCUGCCACAACAACCCAACAACAGCUUUCUGCUCUUACCGUCCGGCAACAAUUACUUCAGCCUUUACAGCAGUCACCCUCUCAUUUGGCUCAGAUGCUAUCUCAACAGACGCAAACUCUACAGGCAAGCUUUCAAUCAUCACAGCAAGCAUUCUCCCACUUGCAACAACAGUUGCAUCUGAUGCAACCACCAAGUCAAAAUAUGACUCAGCAACAGAGUUCCCAAGCUACUAAACAACAGCUUCAAUGGACUGGAGCUGCAUCACAGGUAGCCACCAGCAUUCCUGCAACUUCCCCAGCUGCUCUGGCACCUUCAACCACGUCUGCUGCUUCCACUGUUCCUGUAAGUGUGCAGGCAGCAGUUCCUUCAACAUGUAAUUGGACAGAGCACACAUCACCCGAAGGAUACAAGUACUACUAUAAUAGUGUGACUGGUGAAAGCAGGUGGGAAAAGCCUGAGGAGUUGACCUUGUUUGAGCAACAACAGCAACAGAAGCAGCAAAAUCAACAACAGCAGCAACAAAAACCAUCAGUUCAGCAACCCCAGACACAGACACAACCACACAUGCAGGUUCUGUCUGCCCAACAGGUUUCUCAAACACCACAAGGACAACUCCAAACACAGCUUCGCCAUCAACAGCAGUUACAAGUGCAGCAACCUUCUUUAUCUUCUCCGUAUCAGGUUUCUGGUGUUUUUGGCCAUCAAAGUGUUCAGGAACUUGCUGGUUAUGGACAGCUUCCAGCAGCAGCUGGGUCAGUCAUUGAUCCUGCUUCUUUCCAACAGGGGGUACGGUCUGUGCAGGAUUGGAUGUGGAAGAGCAAGCCAGCAGCAGGAACUUGAAGGGGAAAAUAAGGCGCAUCUCAGGCAGCAUACCGGCAGAGGAAGUAUUACCCCAGAACCGAUUUGUGGUCAACCAGUCUUGAUCCAAGGCAGGCUUGGCAACUAAAUGGGGGUAAAAUGGAAUGUGUAACGGCAAUAUUUUACUUUCUUGAGCCAUCAACCCCCUUGAGGAGGUUCAUUUGUCUCGGUCAUUCGUCUGCUCAAACGAAUGAAAAUAGAGAGAAAAAAAAAAUCAACGUCAUUUAAUAUUAGUCUCUUUUUCCCUGUGCCA